CGUCCCCGCCCAGUUUGUUCGAUGCCAUCUGCGCCGCACAUCCAUCCUGCGCACACAUCAUCUACCUCGCUCUCUCGCGCUACCUAGCUCACCUUCGCUCCACACCACACCACACGCAAAGAUGAAGGUCAUCCAGUUUGUCGCCGCCGCCCUUGUGGCAGCUCCAAGCGCCGCUUUCUUCGCGCCGGUGGGAACCAACUCUUUCGUAGCCCAGCAGCGGACCUGCGCACGGUCUUCGGUCGCGCCCGUCCGCAUGGCAGACGCGAGCGAGGUCGAGGCUCAGGUGAUCGAGGUUGUGGGAGAGCAGCUCGAGAAGCAGGGAUCGGUGAAGAUCGACUCUAACUUCAUCGAGGACCUCGACGCAGACUCCCUGGACACGGUCGAGAUCAUCAUGUCGCUCGAGGAGAAGUUCGACAUCGAAAUCUCAGAAGACGACGCGCAAAAGAUGGUCACUGUUAAGGAUGCAGUGGACUACAUCUCCGCAAACGUGUAACUUCUUUGAUAGUUUGGUUUGCGGUAGUUUGUGUUCGGUUUGAAGGGUGGGAGUGCACGCAGAAGGACGGGGCGGGCGGGGGGCGUGGCAUCAUAAAAGGGCGUUGCGCGUCCUUUGCCGCGCCAUGAGUAGGCAAGGGGGGCCGGCUGCUGUUCGCAUAGCGAGCAAGGUACGUACGUGCGUGUUAACGCUGAGGUGUUUCUGUGCGUGUUCUCUCUCUUCUCUUUAUUUCACUCUCCCCUGUCCCAUCCCUUGCCAGCAGCUCGUUUUGACAUGCGGAGUUCACCUUGUACGGGGCGCGUUGUAGGGGAAGGAAAAAGAUGAAUUCCCUGUGCGUUCUGUCUUUGUUUUUGCGCUGAUUGUUGAUCAUUUUGAGGCCGCUCUACGUGAGCGUCUGCGAGCAUCGAGCUUGUAUAGUUUGACCUUACAUAACGCCUCUUUUUUUUUUGUUGUUGAGCUGUUGGGCGGAGUACUGGGAAAAGGUGGCAGCAGUUUUCCAAGCGAUUCGCGUGGUGGACAUGAUCCUCCCCUGGUUGUCCCUUAGACAGAGAAGGAGUGAACGAAAAUGUCCACAUUGGAAAGCAUUUGCCCCGUCUGGCUGAUGGGAAACCCUUGCUUACACGAUGCUCGAUCUCCACCAAUAAGCGCGGACGGUGUGGGGCGGGGGGGGGCGGCUCGCAUCACGCCCCUGCCGCCGGCGUGACGGUGGUCGUCGGCGUGGUGAUCUGUUUGCCAAAAUUCUGUGAUUUGGCCUCGAGAGAAAACGACGAAGGAACGAGCGUUCGUUGUUCCUGACGCCCUCAGGCGCCCGACUUCCAUCGCCGUUUAGCGAAGAUGUUGUUGCUGUUGUUGCGACUUGUCUUUGUCGCCGUUCGAGUUUAUUGGUCAAGGCCAACGAUGUGUAGGUUUUCUGACCUGGCUCUCAUCCCUGCCUCCAGUACGUACGUGCUUGGUUCUCUGGAAGAUGGGAGUAUUUCGGACAAGGCAUGCUGGGCUAGGCUUUCAUGACGAGGAGGUUAUUCAGUUCAUGUGAAUCAUGCCUUCCGCGCCCUACCUCCGGAGUAUGCGAAAGUCGCCGUGCGCAGUAUUUUUGUAUGUAUGUGAGACUACCGUGUAUCGGCAGACGGAGGAUACGAACGAAAAUAUACACACAGAUUGAUGCAGCGUGCUGCUAAGUGUCGCGCUCGGUGUUCACGCCUACGAAUUGAUUUGUUUUCAUUCGUCUCUGGAUGUUCCGUCAUGAGCAUUCAACGCAUGGUGCUGGACGCUUGCGUUGCAGUAUGCAGGUCACGGAUCCUGUCAGGGUUAUAGCGCCGUUCGAAACCGUCAUCCCUUCAACGUGCGGUUGCGGUCGAUGAUGUAGACUAGACUAAAAAUAUAAUAAAUAUUACAGCAGUAGCAGGGCUUUCCUUGCAGUUCUUCCUGUGAAUGGCUAUACAGAGUAGCGCGUUGGAUCCAAAAUAAAGGCGUCUGUCUGUCUGACCAACGCGCGUUACCGCCGUU